AUGUUUUCGAAGGACGAUAGUUGCAACUCUAAUGUUAAGUUUGACUUAAACUCUGCGAGCGUAAAUAACAGUAACGGUUUGCGGGACGGUGAAGUGCGACGAAAACGUCAGCUGUCGCUUUCUGUUCCUCCGACGCCAUGGUUUGGACUAGAUAUUGGUGGCACUUUAACCAAACUAGUUUAUUUUGAGCCGCAGGAUGAGAAUGAGGUUGAAAUUCCUGCGGAUGAGCUGUCUCGUGGUCAUACAAUCCAACGUUACUUAAAGAUGUCUAAGGCAUAUGGGAAAACGGGCACUCGAGACAGUCAUCUACAGUUGGACAAUGUUGAAUUCAAUGGUCGAAGAGGUGUCCUUCAUUUUAUUCGUUUCCCUACAGAUCGCAUGAAUGAUUUUUUAACGCUGGCAAGAAGCAAAGGUUUUGCGCAAUUGAGCAGCACUGUUUGUGCAACUGGCGGCGGUGCUAUCAAAUAUGCAAAACAGGCAGAAACAGAAUUGAAUGUCUAUUUUCAUAAAGCAGAUGAGCUUGAGUCUUUGAUAAAGGGAAUUGAGUUCGUCGCAGCUACCAAUCCAGACGAAUGUUAUUAUUAUGAGAACCCACUUGAUGACGAAAAAUGUGAGAAAGUAAUAUGGCGGUGGUCGAGUGGUCGGUGUUCCACAAAUGAUUUGGAAGAUUUUGAAAAAAAAGAUGGACUUCAGUAUCCCUAUAUCGUUUGUAAUAUUGGCAGUGGUGUUUCGGUUCUGGCAGUUAGAGGGCACGACGAUUUUGUUAGAGUUUCGGGAAGCAGUAUUGGUGGUGGUUUUUUCCAAGGCCUGUGCGUUAUUAUGUGUGGUUCGGAAACAUUCGAAAAUUCCAUUGAACUUGCUUCUAAAGGGGAUAAUAAAAACGUUGAUAAACUUGUAAAAGAUAUUUAUGGAGCGGACUACGAGCAAGCUGGACUUCCUGGCGACAUUGUAGCUGCCAGUUUUGGUAAAAUUGGCUCCAAAAAAGAUCUCGUAAAUAUUCGUAAAGAGGAUCUAGCUCGUUCCGCUUUAGUGACUACCACAAAUAACAUUGGCUCCAUCGCCUUUGGUGCUGCAAUGUCUUAUAGGAUUGAUCGGAUAGUUUUUGUAGGAAACUUCUUGCGAGUAAAUCCAAUUGCUGCACGACUUCUCAGCAAUGCAAUGACAUUCUGGUCAAAGGGUACUAAGAAAGCACUUUUCCUUAAUCAUGAGGGUUAUUUUGGUGCUGUAGGAUGUUUGGAUAAACUGGUCUAUCUUACUGAAAUCAGGCGUCAGAUGCGUGCUGAAGAACGCAGACUAGAAAAAGAGGGUUUGAGAAAACCUUCAGAAAAAUUGUAUUAG